UUCUCGCAAUUGGAGAAAACAGUGAGAAGGAUCUCUAAGUUUGGAACAAGAAGUGAAAAUAGAUCUCACUGUUUGAAGGAAGAAAUGGAUUCAGUUCCCUCUAGUUGUGGGAAAAAAGGGUGGGUGCCCUUUCUAGAAAAAGAAUAGAAUGAGUCAGUUUGAGGAGGCAGGUACCACAUGCUCCCUUCAGCUUGGGUGAAGAAUGAAUGAAAAUGGAGACAGUCUUCAGUAUAGGGAUAGGGUGAAAAGAGUCAAAUGCCUCAAGUUGGAUGGAUUGUUCCUGGUUUAAAGGGAAUUCCAAAAGAUCUCAGAUUCGUGGAGAAGGUGAACAGAGUUCCCUGUAGUUUGAGGGUAAGGGAAGACGGUGUCCCUCGGUUCGGGAGAGAACAGUCUCCUUUUCAACCGGAAUGAAAUAGGCUCGAUCCUGGCCUUGAGCUUUCUGGGCACGCCGGGGGCAGCGUCCAAGGCUUUCUCGGAGUGCCCACUGCGCGUGCGCAACUCAGAACCAGGCGGUGGCCCGAAGGGGGUCCCAGGUUUUGGAGGUGGUAGGAGAAAACGGCGGCGCACUGCCCCCUGCCGUUUUCUCAGCGUGGCGCCGGGGCCUGGGCACCUGGGGCGGGCAACUCGCCGCGAGCCCGCACAGGCUGCGGUGGAGCCGCGCCGGGCCGGCCCCUGACCCCCGGGACCCCGUCCUACCCGCGACGAGCCGCUCCCGGAGGCGGUGGUCGCUCACCGCUCCGAAUCCCGCGAGGGGCGCUUUGGGAAGGACUGGGCUUCAGGACUCGGGGAAGAAGGGCUACGCUGGGGAAUUUCCGGAGCUGCUGCUGGUCUAGUGGAGAUGAAGGAGGGGAUCCCAACUGGUGGCGUCCGGGGCAGGGUCUCGGAGCCCAGACCUGGCCUGGGGAUAUCGGAGCCGGGAUUGGGGGGAGCGAACCCCACGUGCCUGUGACGCGGGGGCGCCGGGUAGGCGGCGGCGGCUGCAGCGACGCUGGGCCGGCGGCCGUGGCGGGAGGGCGGCUAGGCAAGCUGCAGAAUGCUGCGCACCACACUGCUCCUGCUUUGCCUGCCCCUGGCGGGGGCGGGGGCCACAGAAGAACCCACCCAGGAGUCGGGGUCGCUGGGCGAGCCCCCUCCAGGCUUGGCGCUCUUCCGCUGGCAGUGGCACGAGGUGGAGGCACCCUACCUGGUGGCCCUGUGGAUCCUGGUGGCCAGCCUAGCCAAAAUCGUGUUUCACCUGUCCCGGAAGGUAACAUCUCUGGUGCCUGAAAGCUGCCUGCUGAUUUUGUUGGGCCUGGUGCUAGGGGGCAUUGUCUUAGCUGUGGCCAAGAAAGCUGAAUACCAGCUGGAGCCAGGGACCUUCUUCCUUUUCCUGCUCCCUCCUAUUGUUCUGGACUCAGGCUAUUUCAUGCCGAGCCGGCUGUUUUUUGAUAACUUGGGUGCCAUCCUCACCUAUGCUGUGGUGGGCACCCUCUGGAAUGCCUUCACAACAGGUGUUGCCCUCUGGGGCCUGCAGCAGGCUGGACUUGUGGCCUCUAGGGUCCAGGCUGGCCUGCUGGACUUCCUGCUGUUUGGGAGCCUCAUCUCAGCGGUAGACCCGGUGGCUGUGCUGGCUGUCUUUGAGGAGGUGCACGUUAAUGAGACUCUCUUUAUCAUCGUCUUUGGCGAGUCCCUGCUCAAUGAUGCAGUUACCGUGGUGCUGUAUAAGGUCUGCAACUCCUUUGUGGAGAUGGGCUCUGCCAAUGUGCAGGCUACUGACUACAUGAAGGGAGUCGCCUCCCUGUUUGUGGUCAGUUUGGGCGGGGCAGCCGUGGGCUUAGUCUUUGCCUUCCUCCUGGCCCUGACCACACGCUUCACCAAGCGGGUCCGCAUCAUCGAGCCGUUGCUGGUCUUCCUCCUCGCCUAUGCAGCCUACCUCACUGCUGAAAUGGCCUCACUCUCUGCCAUUCUUGCGGUGACCAUGUGUGGCCUGGGCUGUAAGAAGUACGUGGAGGCCAACAUCUCCCAUAAGUCACGCACAGCUGUCAAAUAUACAAUGAAAACCCUUGCCAGCUGUGCUGAAACGGUCAUCUUCAUGCUACUUGGCAUCUCGGCUGUGGACUCUUCUAAGUGGGCCUGGGACUCUGGGCUAGUACUGGGCACCCUCUUCUUCAUCCUGUUCUUCCGAGCCCUCGGCGUAGUACUGCAGACGUGGGUGUUGAAUCAGUUCCGGCUGGUCCCUCUGGACAAGAUUGACCAGGUGGUGAUGUCCUAUGGGGGCCUGCGGGGGGCUGUGGCCUUUGCUCUCGUCAUCCUACUGGACAGGACCAAGGUCCCUGCCAAGGACUACUUUGUGGCCACUACUAUUGUGGUAGUCUUCUUCACAGUCAUCGUGCAGGGUUUGACCAUCAAGCCACUGGUCAAGUGGCUGAAGGUGAAGAGGAGUGAGCAUCACAAACCUACCUUGAACCAGGAGCUACAUGAGCACACUUUUGACCACAUUCUGGCUGCAGUGGAGGACGUUGUGGGGCACCAUGGCUACCACUACUGGAGGGACAGGUGGGAGCAGUUUGACAAAAAGUACCUGAGUCAGCUGUUGAUGCGACGAUCAGCCUAUCGUAUACGGGACCAGAUCUGGGAUGUGUACUACAGACUCAACAUCCGAGAUGCCAUCAGCUUCGUGGACCAGGGAGGCCACGUUUUGUCCUCCACAGGCCUCACUCUACCCUCUAUGCCUAGCCGAAAUUCUAUGGCAGAGACCUCUGUCACCAACCUGCUGAGGGAGAGUGGCAGUGGAGCAUGUCUGGAUCUCCAGGUGAUUGACACGGUACGCAGCGGCAGGGACCGGGAGGAUGCUGUCAUGCAUCAUCUGCUCUGUGGAGGCCUCUACAAGCCACGCCGCAGGUACAAAGCUAGUUGUGGCCGCCACUUCAUCUCUGAGGAUGCACAGGAACGACAGGACAAGGAGGUCUUCCAGCAGAACAUGAAGCGACGGCUUGAAUCCUUCAAGUCCACCAAGCAUAACAUCUGCUUUACCAAGAACAAGCCGCGAACCCGUAAGGCCGGCCACAAGAAGAAGGAUGGUAUGGCUAAUGCUGAGGCUACACUUGAGAAACCUCGAGACCUGGGCUUUCAGGACACAGCUGCUGUGAUACUAACCGUGGAGUCUGAGGAGGAAGAAGAAAGUGAUAGCUCAGAGACAGAGAAAGAAGAUGACGAAGGGAUUAUCUUUGUGGCUCGAGCCACCAGUGAGGUUCUCCAAGAGGGCAAGAUCUCAGGAAGCUUUGAGGUGUGUCCAAGCCCACGCAUCAUCCCCCCGUCCCCAACCUGUGCAGAGAAGGAGCUACCCUGGAAGAGUGGGCAGGGAGACCUGGCUGUGUAUGUGUCCUCAGAAACCACCAAGAUUGUGCCCGUGGACAUGCAGACGGGCUGGAACCAGAGCAUCUCAUCCCUGGAGAGCCUGGCAUCCCCUCCCUGUACCCAGGCUCCCACUUUGACCUGCCUGCCUCCCCACCCACUGGGCAUUGAAGAACCCCAGGUCCCUCUUGAUCUGUCUGCUGACCCUCGCUCUAGCUUUGCCUUCCCCCCAAGCUUGGCCAAAGCUGGCCGCUCUCGCAGUGAGAGUAGUGCUGACCUCCCCCAACAGCAGGAGCUGCAGCCCCUCAUGGGCCACAAGGACCAUACUCAUCUUAGUCCAGGCACUGCCAACUCCCACUGGUGUAUCCAGUUCAACAGAGGAGGCCGGCUGUAGCCCAGGGCCUUGGGGAAGAGCACGAUGUGGUGCCCCUGUGGGGAGUAUUCCUCAGACAACCAGCAGAGGAGCCUACUCAGCCUGGUAUGGGGCCAGCGGGGCCUAGACCGAAGUGGCAACUGGGCCUCCUUGGAGCUGGUUGGAAGGGUUUCCUGAGCUGGUCCUCACAGGGGCCCUUCUCACUACCCUCCCUGCUCUUAUCCCCUUCCACACUUCAUUUCAAAACUGGCUCAGGAUCCAGUCCAGAGUCCUAGGGGUAAGGCCCACAAGCUGAUGCUCCUUCCCUAGGGCAUCUUCCUGGACUCACUGUUGGCAGCUGUUUCUGCCCCCAAAGCAAGGGCAUCAUUCCUCAGUGGAUGCUGGUCUUCCCUGUCCUCUAUCCCCUCCCCAGCACCAUGUCAGUGCCAGUGUCUUGGAAGUGAAGCUUUUGAGGGGCUGGUCCUCAGAGUGAUUGGAGCAGGCCUCAAUCUUGGGCUUGGCUAACGUUGAAUAGUGGGAGUCUGCCUCCACAUCUUGCUUUAGCCUUUUCCCUUUGCUGCCAGAUAUUGGGGUAAUGGUGCCUCCUUUUAUAGGACCUAGGCCCUGAGCCAGGCUCUAGUUGAGGGCUGUUUCUUAGCCAGUCUGUUUCUCUAGGUCUAAGUCUGGGACUUUCUGAUGUGUGGAUCUGAGUUUUCUGAGGAGGAGACAAAGUGGCCCCUGGGCUCUCAUGUCACCACCUCAAAAUUCCCCAAACAGAAAAGGAACUAGGUAUCCCAGAGCCACAGCACCACUGCUGUGAGGGCUGGGGUGCUGGGCUACAGUGCUGGGGGGCAGCUAACUGAGUAGCAGGUGGCUUUCCUGGGGUUAGCCCCUGCCUUGUGUUUUGUACCUUGGACCCAAGAUACAUUAAACACCUCUC